GUGACCCAAGUUCCCAUCGAGUCCUGUGAGCAGUACGGGACGUGUGGGGAGUGUUUGAGCUCGGGGGACCCUCACUGCGGCUGGUGUGUCCUGCACAACAUCUGCUCUCAGAGGGACCGGUGUGAGCGUGCAGAGGAGCCGUACCGCUUCGCCGCCUCCCUCAGCCAGUGUGUGAAGGUCUCCGUGUACCCGGACAGCAUCGCCGUGUCCGAGCCCAGCGUACCUCUGCUGGUGAAGGUGAGCCAUGUUCCAGACCUUUCUGCAGGCAUCAGCUGCUCCUUCGGCAACCUGACGGAGGUGGAGGGGCAGGUCAAUGGUAACCAGAUACUCUGCGUGUCUCCGGCUGCAAAGGAUGUUCCCGUCAUCCCCAUCGACCAAGAUUGGUCCGGCGUGGAGCUGAGGCUGAACUCUAAGGAGACUGGUCAGAUGCUCAUCAGCACAGAGGUCAAGUUUUACAACUGCAGCGUCCACCAGCUGUGUCUGUCCUGUGUGAACAGUGCCUUCCGCUGCCACUGGUGCAAGUACCGUAACUUGUGCACACACGACCCCUCCAGCUGUUCCUUCCAGGAGGGACGGGUCAACGCCUCUGAGGACUGUCCCCAGCUGGUGCGCUCUGAGGAGAUUCUGAUCCCAGCGGGGGAGGUGAAGCCCAUCACCCUGAAGGCCAGGAACCUGCCGCAGCCUCAGUCUGGCCAGCGAGGCUACGAGUGCGUCCUGCACAUCCAGGGGGUCAACCACCGAGUCACCGCGCUGCGCUUCAACAGCUCCAGCGUGCAGUGCCAGAACAGCUCGUAUCUGUACGAGGGAAUGAAGAUCAGUGAGCUGCCUGUGGACUUCUCGGUGGUGUGGAAUGGCAACUUCAUUAUUGAUAACCCGGAGACUAUCCAAGUGCACCUGUACAAGUGUGCAGCGCAGCGGGACAGCUGCGGCACGUGUCUGAAGGCGGAGAGGAAGUUCCAGUGCGGCUGGUGCAGCGGAGAGGGAAGGUGUACCCUGCGGCACCACUGCCCUCCCAUCAAUCCUUACACCACCCGCUGGCUCAACCUGUCCACGAAGAAUGUCAAGUGCACCAACCCACGCAUCGCUGAGGUGUCAGACCGCUGCGUCGUGGCUCUGGUGCCCAAGCAGACGUCGUCAUACAACAUCCCCUCUUCAGCCAGCAUAUCCCGCACCUCCAUCAGCAGAUACGACUCUUCCUUCCGCUACACGGGCAGUCCCGAUAGCCUGCGCUCACGUGCUCCUAUGAUCACGCCUGAUCUGGAAAGUGGUGUGAAGGUGUGGCACCUGGUGAAGAACCACGAGCACGGAGACCAGAAGGAAGGAGACCGAGGCAGCAAGAUGGUCUCUGAGAUUUAUCUGACCCGGCUGCUCGCUACCAAGGGGACGCUACAAAAGUUUGUGGACGAUCUAUUUGAAACGUUGUUCAGCACGGUUCACCGAGGCAGCACUCUGCCCCUCGCCAUCAAAUACAUGUUCGACUUCCUGGACGAGCAGGCGGACAAACAUGGCAUCCACGACACAGACGUGCGUCACACGUGGAAAAGCAACUGCCUCCCUCUGCGUUUCUGGGUGAACGUGAUCAAGAACCCGCAGUUUGUGUUCGACAUCCAUAAGAGCAGCAUCACGGACGCCUGCCUGUCUGUAGUGGCUCAGACCUUUAUGGAUUCCUGCUCCACUUCAGAGCACCGUCUGGGCAAAGACUCCCCAUCCAAUAAGCUGCUUUACGCUAAAGAUAUCCCCAAUUACAAGAGCUGGGUAGAGAGGUACUACGCUGACAUCAACCGGCUGCCAGCCAUCAGUGACCAGGACAUGAACGCAUAUUUGGCAGAGCAGGCCAGACUCCACUCCACAGAGUUUAACAUGCUCAGCGCUCUCAAUGAGAUCUACUCCUACGUCAGCAAGUACAGUGAGGAGAUCACAGCGGCCCUGGAGCAGGAUGAGCAGGCGAGGAAGCAGAAGCUGGCCUACAAGGUGGAGCAGCUGAUCGCCGCCAUGUCCCUGGAGAGCUGAGAGAGAGAGACGGCUCCCCUUCCCUCUCGUCGUGGGAGUCAGACCUGGGAGCUCUCAGCAUUCACAGCCGGACAGACGUACGACUGCUUCAGUUUGUCAUUCUCACCUCCCUCCACGACGGCCCCGGCUGAGCGCUCACAGACUCAGACCGACGGCGUGCAGCCGGAGCUCGCAGUGACAAUAGGGAGGAGCAUCGGUAGAGAAGGCAACUACAUGGCUUGUAUUUAUUUUUUCUUUCUUUCUUUUUCUCAAAGGAUAUUUUCUCUCAGUUUGAAAGGAAAUUGUAUGUUGUGUGAGUGCGCGUGCGCGUGCGCGUGCAUGAGUGUGUGCGUGUGUGUCAUGCUGACGAAGACCGCGAGAGCAAGUGGACGAGCAGAUUGACUCGCAGUGUGAACUGCAGACGCAGAUCUCGUGUCGGACAGCUGAGCGUGCGUUCAGAUUUUAUUUUUGUACUUGUACAUUUGAAUAUUAUCAGUUGCAGUUGAAAUACCCGGAUCCCGAACGUGUUGUUGUACAAAGACUCAAGAGAGACGCACUCAUCGGGGUGGCGUGCGUCUUCUCUCACUCCUCCCGUCCUCAGACUGAUGCUUCAACACCUCUGCUGUCCAAUCACAGGUGUACAGGAAACUCGUGCUCAUCAUCUCAGAGUCACUGG